CAUUUUGGAGGAGGCUAACAGUCUCGCCCAUGAGCACGCACUUCUGAAGUCGAAAAUCCCGCAGAAGUCGGGUGCUUGAAACAGACCUUGCCCUUCUUGCCCCCACCAGGCAGUCUCGAAAAGACGACGCCUGAGCAGCAGCCUUUCCACCCCAUUUAGGACGCGCCAGGGCCCCCCGGAGGACUGGCGCGGCUCCUCCCAGCCCGCGCCCGGCGCCGGGAGCCGGGGAAGUGGCACAAGCGCAGGCCGGCCCCAGCAAGGGACCCCUGCCGCUCCCGGCGCGGGGGGACAUCCCUCCCCACGGCACAUCGCACCGGAGCUUGGGCUGGGGACGGACGGACACACGGACGCACCACCCGGCAGGCCGGCGCGUCGCCGCGGCGGCGACCCGGGAGCCGCGGGUGGAGCAUCGCCGCGCCGAGCAUCGCCGGGCAUCGCCGCGCCGCAUCCCGGCGCCCUCCCCCGGCGGCGCCCGCCCCGCCCCGCCCCGCCCCGCCCCGCCCCGGCGGCUCCCGCGACCGGCGCAAGUUGCGAGGCGGCGGAGGGGCGCGGAGCAGCCUCGCCCGCAGCCCUGCGGGCAGGGGAGCUGUCGGGGCGGCGCUGGAGUUUCGCGGGCCGGCUGGUGCCUCCCCCUCCUUCUCCUCCCCUCCCCUCCCCUCGCCGUGUUUUCUCCGUUUGCGUUUUGGCGGGGGGAGCGGUGGCUGCGGAGGGAAGCGCUUUGCCCUCCGCGCUGCGGGGCCGGCGGCUGCCGCGGUGCGGAUGCGUACGGACGAGUCCUCGUGAAAACAGCUCCCGACGUUUCCAAACAAAAAAACCAAACCCAAACAAACCACCCACUUGGAUAAUUAAAACGGUUUUUGGCAGUGUCUGGAGUUGCUAAGGGUGAUUUAACUCCUACUUCCAGCCCUAUCCUCAGGCUUCCUGGCACAGAGGCAGCUUUUCCAAGGCUAUCCCAAACACAGGAGAUGAACCCCUGCUGCAGAGGAGGAGCACACUGACACAUCACCUCCAAUCCUCUUCCAACAAACUCUUGAGACUGGUUCUCCCUCAAAGCUCUCCUGGUGGACACACAGCAGAAAAGGAAAUAUCCUACUGUUGGCCCAGACUGGAAAACAUGGAAUACUUGGUAACGUUCAUGAAGUAACAAAGCAAGGACCAAAGCCUUCUGGAAGGAGAUGUGUCAAAGGACUCAUAGCCAGCACGCUGCAAUUUAUACAGCCUCAAUAGGAAACAUGAAGGUAACUGCUCCUGCUAAAGAUCACCUUUAAAAGGGAACAUGGAUUUAAUAAACUCAACUGAACAAAAUGGUACAUCAGAAGAACUAUUCAAAUGGGUGACAUCCAAGAUUCUAAUUUCCAUUACCCUGUCUGUGCUUGCACUAAUGACAACAGCCAUCAAUUCUCUCGUGAUGACUGCAAUAAUUGUAACAAGAAAGCUCCACCAUCCUGCCAACUAUUUAAUCUGCUCUCUUGCAGUGACUGAUUUCCUUGUGGCAGUCCUAGUGAUGCCCUUCAGCAUUGUCUACAUUGUAAAGGAGACCUGGAUCAUGGGGCAAGUGGUGUGUGACAUUUGGCUGAGCGUGGACAUUACAUGCUGCACAUGUUCCAUCUUGCAUCUCUCUGCCAUUGCUUUGGACCGGUACAGAGCAAUCACGGAUGCUGUGGAAUAUGCACGGAAAAGGACACCUAGGCAUGCUGGCAUCAUGAUUGCAGUGGUAUGGACCAUAUCCAUUUUUAUCUCCAUGCCACCUUUGUUUUGGCGGCACCAGACGACCAGCAGAGAUGACGAAUGCAUUAUCAAACAUGACCACAUUGUUUUCACCAUUUACUCUACAUUUGGCGCCUUCUACAUCCCGCUGGCCUUGAUUCUGAUCCUUUAUUACAAGAUAUACAAGGCAGCAAAAACAUUUCACAGAAGAAGUGUCAGCCGGAUUGUAAGGGAGGAGGUAAACGGACAAGUCCUUUUGGACGCAGGUGAAAGAAGCACCAAAUCGGCUUCAAUGCCCAGCACAGUGGAGAAGACAUCAGAUCCCCUGGUGGACUGUGAUAAAACCAACAUCACCAUACGAAGCCCCAGGUCUGAAUCUAAGCACGAAAAGUCCUGGAAAAAACAGAGAAUCUCUAGCACAAGAGAGCGAAAGGCAGCAACUACGCUGGGUCUGAUCUUGGGGGCAUUUGUGAUCUGCUGGCUCCCUUUUUUUGUAAAAGAAGUAGUUGUUAAUACCUGUGAAAGAUGUCACAUCUCAGAAGACAUGUCUAAUUUCCUAGCAUGGCUGGGAUAUAUAAAUUCCCUGAUUAACCCUCUCAUCUACACAAUCUUUAAUGAAGAUUUCAAGAAAGCCUUCCAGAAGCUUGUGCGGUGUAGGCAAUAACUUUAAGAGCUUUUGUUCAUGUAAAGAGAACAUACUCGUUUUUUUAACCUGUAUAAAUUUAUAUAACUGAGAUGACAUUUGUUGUAUUUAAGGAAAAGCACCAAGACUCUGCAUUUACAUUAUGACUUCUUUGUAUCAGUAGUACUGGGAGCAUAAAUAACCCAGGUUUUAAAGAGAUAGAUCAUAUGGGAUCAGUUUUGCACUGGAAAAAGAGGUAGCAUAUUGUGGCUCUGAUCGGGUUGGGAUUUGCACAGCUGCCUAGCUUGAAGCAUAAGGAAACACACUUUUGAAGUAGACAAAGAAACAAAAUUUAAAAAAAAACCCAACAAACAAAACUAAAAACCAAGUAACCCUCGGUCAUCAAUGAAGUUUUAAGUAAAACCACACACAGAUUUUAAACCCUAAUCGCAAGUAAGAAGACAGAAAACACAUCUUGGAAUUCAGACAUGAUUUUAUUUGUUUGACACAGGCCUGCAGCACAGAGCCAAGCCAUCCCCAGAGAAGGGUAGUAGCUUUAAACAUACCUCGUACCAUUCUAUGCUGAUCUGCUGAGUGCAGCUGCAGCCCUGCCUUCUCCUGUAGAUGGAGGACUUCCCUGUGUUAUGCCCUUGCAGCACCCCAGCAGCCAGCAAGGUGCUUUCAUGGAUUACCAGUUUCACAGCAAGCCAGCGUUGUGAGCUCUCUGCCAUUGUGCACCCAUGACAGACAUGGGCAUACCCCCAAGGGAAGGAGCCAGGCAGCUGGGGCACCUCCGGUGAGUUGCCUGGUGCUCUGAGACACUGUUUCAACAGGGACUAGUUAAGCUUGUAAAGAGCAGCUGGUCCUCCUUAUGGAGAUGUUAGAAGGGAGGGAAGCAUAAGACACUGCUUUCUUUGUGUCCUCAUCCCUACCUUACACACCUGGCCAGGCAUGGCCUCUGUGACUUUCAGCACCAAACCAGCUACACAGUUUGUGCCAGGUCCCCCAGACCUGGUGGGUGGCUUAGUGAGAUUUAGUCGAGGGCCACCUGAUGAAGAACUCAGGCUGGUAGCUCUGGCUCAGCAUGUUCAGCCCUCCACCCCGAGAAGUCCGAUGUCCCCCAAGUCUUUUCUCGACUGCCUCUAGAACUAGGGCUGGGCACCCUCUGCCUAAGCAUGUGAGAAAGCAGAGACCAACCACAGUGCUGGCAGCGUGGGUCUCUGGAAAAGGCUGUGAAGCAGCUUCUCCAGUAAGGGCAGGGGGAGUGACCUCAGUAUGCAGUGCACACCUGCAGAGGGGAGCCUGUGGGAUGCUCGCUGGCUGGCACCUCUAAACCCCAGCUUUCUCCAGAGCAUCUAGUCCACGUCUCCACUCCCAGCAGAGCUAAAAUGACCUCGAAGGCACUCCAGCCAGUCCUGGCCAGCUGGUUCAGUCAAAGAUUACCACAAUGAACAUAUCCCUUAGUGGGCUGCCUUCUAAGGCCUCAAAGAAGGCACCUUGGGCCAAUCUUGAUUUACAUGCUCUAGAUGCCAAGACACAGCAUUAAUGAGUGCUAGAACAGCACUUGCCUCAAAAUCAACAGCGCAAGUUUGCCAACAGCUAAAGGUACUAACAGAGCAGUGGGCAUUUACCCUUGAGUGCAGAUGAGUCACUAAGAGCCGCACCUGAACUUGGGGACGGGUUGUGCACUCUUCAGGGAAAACAAGGUUCAGCCUGUGUUACUAAGACCCCAGCUUUAUAUUCAUUGCCAGCCAUUCAAUACUGUCUAGCAAGAAUAGCGACUUAAGGCUCCUUAGAGGAACUACAGAUCCCACUGUCUAGCAGCAGCAGUGUCCUGCAAAGGCACUCUGGUUAGGCACAUGGGCCAGCAGCUUAGGGACAUCACAAACAAGCUGAGACAUGAGACCACUAUGCACACCUUUAGUUUGGGAAAGGUUUCACUGCUCUUUGCGAUUGUUCUUCCAAGAGAAUUUCAGUGGUUUGCAUUAGACAAGAAAACCCAGAAAGAAGGUAUCACUGUCAUUUCUCUCUCCCUUUCCCUGCCCUGUAUUACAAACUCUGGAGUCUGUAGUAUUUUGCCCACUGGCUACCAGCUGACACAACAGCUGUCAGAGGUGUUUCUUGCAAGGUUACAAGAUUUGAAAUCUGAGAGACUGAACUAAUUUGUUUGUCACUUGCAACUUACUGUAUUCUGCUUUCACAUCAAGGUCCAGAUGAUGAGAUGCUAUUCAGAAGCACUAGGAACGGUGCAUUUGCUUUACUGUUGAUUUUAACCCAGCCAGGAAUCUAACAGAAAGCUCACUUGUCAUGCCGUGUAGCUCUAGCGCAGCGGUAGCACAGCUAAAUUUUGAAGAUACUAGGAUGCGACAGAAUGGAAUUUGGCUCAUGCUCAGCACAAGCUAGCGCACUUCACUACCACUGCAGUCAGAGCACAGCCUCUGCAGACCCUCUGACCUCGGCAAUGGCUGUAUUAUGCUGAAAGAAAAAAAAAAACCUGCUUUAAACAUCAGCUGUGCUCUACUGCCUCCAGAAAGAGCUUUCUAAAGGGAUGAGCAGAUUAGCAGAAGGCAGCAAAGAAAACCCCACUGAAACAUUUAAGAUUGAAGAUUUCUGUUUCUCACAUUUCCUGAGUACUGAGUCACAACAUUGGAUGUCUAGGGGCAGGACUUCCUCUCCCACUGUUUCUCCCUUUUUGACUGCUGGAGGGUAGAGUAUAUUGUUUAUCCACUUACAUGUAAGAAGUUUGACAUUAUCUUGUGAAAUCAAAUUGGAAUUAAAAAUAGGGGUUGCUUCUGAGGAGAAAAGAUACUUAAAAUACUCAUAUUUAAAUAAUAACGGAUAAAGCUCAAAGAAUGAAACGAUAUGUAGAUAAAUAGAAAAUAGCUGUCAUUUAUACACUGUUAACAGUAUUAUACUCUGAAUCUAAUUAAGCUGCUAAACAUUUCUCAAGAUGCAGGGUGGUUUAUUUGUAUUGUUUUCACUGAGCUGUAUCUGCUCGCUCUUCAACACUCCAGUGGUGGAAGAUGCAACUACAAGAAAUCUAAGCAAACGAGUGGGUAGAUAUCCUAUUAAAAGCACUUGCAGCUUGUGGACCAUCAUUUCUUGGUGUCUGACUGCAACUCAUCACUUGUCCUCUAACAGAAUCCACUGUGCUGAACACUUUAUGACACAACCCCACGCAGUAUCAUUUCAUCUCUAGUGCUUAUCCAUGCAUGUGAUGUGUUAAGAAAAAGCUUUAGCUCCUCUUUCAAAAUGCAUAAAGGUUAAGAUUACUGUGGGAUGGUGCUUCCCACCCCCCCAUGAAGUACAUAGGCAUCCACCGGAGCUUAGCACUGGAUUUAAGGAGCAAGAGGGAGUAAGAUUUUAUGCACUGGAGCUAAGAUUUUCUGCAAGGAGCUCUGUGCUCUGUGAGAGUUCAGUGUCAGCAAAUAGAAAAAAAUAUGUCUGGUUUCCUAUCUCUGUCAGAAGACUCUGUGUGUGUACUGCAGGGAAAGGGUUUACAUCUCCUCUAGGGUUUGCAUAAAGCUUCCUGGAUCCCUAUCCCCGCUGCAGCUGCCCUCCCUGUUGCUGUUUGCUGCCCACCCAUCCACCCAUCAGUUUAGAUUUCUUCCAACACCCAGAGAACUGGAUUUGGAGCAGCUGACCUGCUCCCACUUCAGCUUUCACAGAGAAUGAUUCCUGAAGCAGCUGUGAACACUAUAUCCAGUUUAGGUGGAUGGUUUUUGCUAACAGCAAGCCGUUAAAUAUACCUCAUUAUCCUGUACUCAUUUCUUUGCCUUUCCUCCCUGCCAGAUGCUUUAUUGAUGUCCUUUCCUCUUGAGGAUGGCAUAUCCCUACAAAGGGCUUAGGGAUACAAAUAUAAUUCUGUUUUAGUGAUGCAGUCACACUUGUUAACGCAUGACUGUACCACCCAGAAACACCCACUUCAUCCAAAUGCGCUUUUGGCAGUCACUGUCUUCAGCUGGUGCCUAAUUGUUCUUGGUGCUAGGGUGGUACACGGAAAUAACUAUGUGCCAAACUAUUUUCUCCAGUAGUUACAAACUCAGCACAUAAUUUCUAUGCAAGUACACAUUACUAUUUGGCCUUUGCAUUUCAUAUUCCCUUGCAGAAGGGAAACAGAAAAUCACCGCUGUAGCCAUUGGAAGGAAGGGCUUUUUUGAACUCCACACACCAAAGUGCAAAUGCUGCAAUAAAAGAAUGAAGAAAUCUUUGUAGCACCCCUAUAAGGAUUAAGCAUAAACCUAACACUGUGUUUCAUCUAGAAACAAGAGCUGCACCAGUGCAUGGGCAGCUGUUCUCAGACGGAGAUCUCAGCAGUCAUCUACCGGUCACGGCAGGCACUCACAAGCGCUCCAGCACCUGAACAGUAAAUGGCAUCUGCUGGUCCUCCUCCAAAAAGUGCUGCUGCAGUACAGGGACAGUACCACCAAUAGCAGAACUGCUAAAAAUUACCAGCAAGAUGUUGAUAUCUCCUCCUCUGCAAAAUCUGGAAAUGAAUUAAACAGAUUUUUUUUCAGGAUUUUUCACUUGUCUUUUGGGGAGCCUGGGUCAAAUGUUCCUAUUUUAAUCCUCAACCAGGAAGGCUAAACCUCUAAAAGAAACAUAAACAUUUCUUUAAUCUACUGUUUUAGUCAUCAUUUAGUAACUCAAGAAAUUAAAGCCUUGAUGAUACCAAGCUUGGCUAAGAAGAAAGAUUACAGAGGACAGAAGAAACAGAAGUCAGCAGCAUUGGUGUGAACGGUCAAGGUUACCAACUGACUUCAAAACAGCCUUUCUGGUGUCAAAUCCCUCACUCAUAACAGACACCAAUGACUGACAGCAACCUUAUAUCCUCAGGAACUUACUAAAAUAUGAGUUUCCUAAAUUCCAGUUGUUUACAUUUAAAUAAGUUACUUUUUAAGUAAGAACUUUGCAACUCAGGAAAAUUUCAGAGGGAAAUAUUUUUAGGCAAGGAAAAGGACUGUAUUUCAUUAGUCAAACUACAUUAGUACAAUUAUGUAUUAAAAAUCUUGGUUGAGGCAGAGUAAAAUUAAAGAAGAUGCUUAUUCAGUGCUGUUACUUUUAUCCACUAGUAGCCCAAAUCAAUUGUAUCCAGUCUUUAAGGCCUAUAUUUAAACUAGUUUUGAAGGUAUUGUUACAUACCAGAUGGGCACCACUAACAAAAUUAGCCUGCCUUUCCACUUUAAAGCAAGAUAGUUCCAUACAUAUGUGAUACUUUCACUCACU